UGUUAAAGGGCACUCUGAUGAGCACAUUUUAUGUUAAGGGGCACUCUGACGGGCCCAUUUUAUGUUAAGGGGGCACAAAUGGCACAUAUUGUGGAAAGGGGCACUCUGGUGGGCACAUGUGAAGGAAAGGGGCACUCUGAUGGGGAAUAUGAUAGAAAGGGAUACUUUGAGUGUAAGGGGGCACUCUGACGGGAAUACCUGAUGUAAGGUGGCAAUGUGAUGGGGAUACCUGAUGUAAAGGAGCACUCUGAUAGGCACACCUGAUGUGAUGGGACUUGAUGGCGACAUGUAAUGUAAGGGGGCAUGCUGA